GGGCACCACCAGCAAGGACCAAGACAGAGCACAGCGCAGCUCGUCGGCCUCUCGACGCCGGUUGCUGCAACCACCGCCUUUAUUGCCCACGCGGGCCGUGCGGAAGAAGCAAGAAGACACGCCAAUGGAGGUCGCCGCAGCAUCGGCAGCGAGCUACGGAUUCAAGGCCGACGACGACGUUGACAGCCUCAGGGCGACGGAGCUCAGGCUUGGCCUGCCGGGCACGGAGGAGAAGGAGGAGGCCGAGGAGCCCCAGCACAAGGCGGCACCGCCGCCGCCGUCCACGCCCAGAGGCAAGAAGCGCGACGUCGUCGCCAGCAGCGGGCCCGAGGACGCGCCCAAGAAGCGCGACUGCGAGACCGACGCCGACGCCGACGCCGCGCCGCCGCCGGCCGCCAAGGCUCAGCUGGUGGGAUGGCCGCCGGUGAGGUCGUACAGGAAGAGCUGCUUCCAGCAGCAGGCGGCGGCCAAGAACAAGCCGGCGGCAGCCCUGGCGGAGGAGGCCCCGGCCGCCGGCGGGUUGUUCGUGAAGGUGAGCAUGGACGGCGCCCCCUACCUCAGGAAGGUGGACCUCAAGAUGUACAAGGGCUACCGCGAGCUGCGGGAGGCGCUGGAGGCCAUGUUCCUCUGCUUCUCCGGCGCCGCCGACGCGCCCGCCGUCAACCCCUCCGACUUCGCCGUCACCUACGAGGACAAGGACGGCGACCUCAUGCUCGUCGGCGACGUGCCCUUCGGCAUGUUCAUCAGCACCUGCAAGAGGCUGAGGAUCAUGAAAGGGUCUGAAGCGAGAGGGCUCGGCUCGGCCAAGAACAACUGAUGAUGAGGCGUCUAUCGCAUGCUUGUGCUGUGCGUGCGUGCAUGCGCCAGCAAAUUCUUUUGUUCUUUUGGGGUCUUAUUUCUUCUCCAAGGCGUCCCUGCAUGGGUGUGGGCGUGUGGUGUUGAGUAUUAUGUACCUUCUCCCCUAGCAUUGUCUGUGCCAACAAUGGAGCAGCAGCUAGCAGCAAACCAGAGACAUGGCGAGGCGAAAGAUGAAGCUGCUUGCUUGGAAGGAGAGAGAGAGAGAGAGAGAGAGAGAGAGAGAGAGAGAGAGAGAGAGAGAGAGGGAAGCUUUGUGCAUGCGUGGAAUGAUGUGUGGUCGCUUUGUUCUUUUUCUUUUGUGCCCCUUGUAGGGGUGUGUGUGUGUGUGUUUAGCAAGACAUGCAAAAGGAGUGGAGAGUCGAGUUGAAUCUCCAUGAUGCGUGGUUGUACAAAGCCAAAGAUCACUCUUCUUUCUUGUCUAUCAGUCUAUUGUCUAUCUAUCGAUCAGCAGCCUGGUCGUUGCUUC